AUGGCAAACCUUGCAAAACUUGACUUUGUGGCACUUGAUAUUUCUGGAAAAAACUAUUUAUCAUGGAUUCUUGAUGCUGAAAUCCAUUUAGAUGCUAUGGGUCUUGGAGACACCAUCAAAGAUCAAAAUACUGAAACAAAACAAAAUAAGGCCAAGGCUAUGAUUUUCCUUCGCCAUCAUCUUCAUGAGGGGUUAAAAUCUGAAUAUUUAACCGUAAAAGAUCCUCUUAUGCUUUGGCAAACUUUGAAAGAAAGAUAUGACCAUCAAAAAACUGUCAUAUUGCCAAAGGCUAAGAAUGAUUGGUUGCACCUGAGGUUGCAAGAUUUUUAA